AGGGCUUGUGUGAUGGCCUCGGAGCGCCCCGAGCCGGAGUUUAUAGGUGAAACUCACGUAAACUUUGUGGAAACAAUAUGGAAGGGUCACUUCAUCUAUAUGGAGGUCUGUAUCGAGCAAACAGGAACAGAGAGUUGAGAAUUGACUCCCCGAGAACACCUUGCAUGGAGGUUGGGGUAACCUUUUCACCUCUGCUGCUUUCCCUCUCACAGAUGGUGGAAGAAGCUGGGCAGGUGUUCCUGUUAAUGAAAAAGGAUUAUCGAAUCUCCCGAAAUGUUCGCCUGGCUUGGUUCCUCAAUCAUCUGCAUCAAACUGUGCAGGCCACAUCCCAGGAGGUGCUGGUGAGCCCUAGACACACGAAAGAUCUUCAGUCUGAACAGGAAUUGGAAGUCCUCAGUGUCCUGCCCCCUGGGUGGCAACCAGAUGAACCAGUGGUCCCAAGGCCAUUCCUCCUUGUACCUUCCACCCGAGUCACCUUCCUGGCUUGGCAGUAUCGGUUUGUCAUUGAGCUGGACCUUAGCCCAUCUACUGGCAUUGUGGAUGAUUCCACAGGGGAGAUCUUGUUUGAUGAAGUUUUCCAUGCCCUGUCCCGCUGCCUAGGCGGGCUGCUUCGGCCCUUCCGAGUGCCUGGAUCUUGCAUCGACUUCCAGCCUGAAAUCUACAUAACUAUCCAGGCCUACUCCUCCAUCAUUGGACUGCAGUCCCACCAGGUGCUGGUACAAGGCUGCCUCUUGGACCCGUCCCAGCAGGAGGUGUUCCUGCAGCAGAUAUAUGAGCAGCUCUGCCUCUUUGAGGAUAAGGUGGCCACCAUGCUGCAGCAGCAGUAUGAUCCCCAGAGCCAGGCAGAAGACCAGUCCCCAGACUCAGGGGACCUACUGGGCCGGAAGGUAGGCGUCUCCAUGGUGACAGCUGAUCUUGGACUGGUCAGUAUGAUUCGUCAGGGCAUCUUGGCGCUGCAGUUACUACCGUCAAACUCUAGUGCAGGGAUUAUCGUGAUCACGGAUGGGGUGACCAGUGUUCCUGAUGUUGCUGUCUGUGAGACGCUGUUGAACCAGCUUCGCAGUGGCACUGUGGCUUGUUCCUUUGUCCAGGUGGGAGGAGUUUACUCUUAUGACUGCAGUUUUGGCCAUGUGCCCAAUGUGGAAUUAAUGAAGUUCAUCGCAAUGGCAACAUUCGGCUCCUACCUGUCCACUUGUCCUGAGCCGGAGCCAGGCAACCUGGGUCUGACUGUCUACCACCGGGCGUUUCUCCUGUAUUCCUUCCUGCGCAGUGGGGAAGCAUUGAACCCUGAAUAUUACUGCGGCUCUCAGCACCGACUGUUUAAUGAGCACCUGGUCUCUGCAAGCAGCAACCCUGCCCUAGCCUUGCGCCGGAAGAAGCACACUGAGAAGGAGGUGCCAGCCGACUUGGUCAGCACCGUGUCUGUGCGACUUCGAGAGGGCUACAGUGUCCGAGAGGUCACACUGGCCAAAGGAGGGUCCCAAUUGGAGGUAAAGCUGGUGCUGCUGUGGAAACACAACAUGCGCAUUGAGUACGUGGCUAUGGCACCCUGGCCUCUGGAGCCUGAGGGCCCUCGAGUAACACGGGUGGAAGUGACAAUGGAAGGCGGCUACGACAUUUUGCAUGAUGUGUCCUGUGCACUAAGGCAGCCCAUCCGUUCAUUGUAUCGUACCCAUGUUAUCCGGCGUUUCUGGAACACGCUGCAGAGCAUCAACCAGACAGACCAGAUGCUUGCCCACCUUCAGUCCUUCUCCUCAGUGCCUGAGCAUUUCACACUUCCUGACAGCACCAAGAGCGGAGUGCCACUCUUCUACAUCCCUCCAGGCUCCACCACCCCGGUGCUCUCCCUCCAGCCUAGUGGUUCUGACUCAUCCCAUGCCCAGUUUGCUGCCUACUGGAAGCCAGUGCUGUCCAUGGAUGCAAAUUCCUGGCAGCGAUGGCUGCACAUGCAUCGCCUGGUGCUAAUCCUGGAGCAUGACACACCAAUCCCCAAGCACUUGCACACCCCGGGCAGCAAUGGGCGCUACAGCACUAUCCAGUGCAGGAUCUCCCACUCCUCCCUGACCUCUCUGCUUCGGGACUGGAGCAGCUUCGUACUAGUCGAGGGUUAUUCUUAUGUCAAGCUGCUCUCCAGUGCCCCAGACCAGCCCCCCUCCUCCUUCUACAUGGUCCGUAUCAUUUCCAAGGCCCCAUGCAUGGUUCUUCGCCUGGGUUUUCCCAUUGGCACACCAGCACCGGCCCGACACAAGAUUGUGUCAGGCUUGAGGGAAGAGAUCCUGCAGCUGCGUUUCCCUCACCGGGUACAAAGCAAGGAGCCAACGCCCAAGGUGAAACGAAAAGGGCUAGGGGGCGCUGGUGGGGGCAGCUCUCCCUCCAAGUCGUCCCCCGUGCUGGGUCCACAGCAGGCCCUGUCUGACCGGCCCUGCCUUGUGGUCCUGCAUAAGCCACUGGACAAACUGCUCAUCAGGUAUGAGAAGCUACCCUUGGACUACCGGGCACCCUUCUUGCUGACACUGGAGCCACCAGGUCCACUGCCCUUGGUGUCAGGCCGCUCAGCCUCUUCUAGUCUGGCAUCACUGUCCCGCUACCUCUACCAUCAGCGCUGGCUUUGGAGUGUCCCGUCAGGACUGGCCCCUGCGCUGCCUCUCAGUGCCAUUGCCCAGCUCCUCUCCAUCCUCACUGAAGUCCGACUUUCUGAAGGAUUCCACUUUGCCUGCAGUGGAGAAGGAAUCAUCAACAUGGUUCUGGAGCUUCCAAUUCAGAAUGAACCACCAGGGCAGGCUGCAGCUGAAGAGAAGCACACCUGUGUUGUCCAGUAUAUCCUCUUCCCCCCACACUCUACCUCCACCAAAGACAGCUUCUCGACAGAUGAUGACAAUGAUGUGGAAGUGGAGGCCCUGGAGGGAGACUCAGAGCUCAAUCUGGUCACCGAGGUGUGGGUGGAGCCACAGUAUGGGCGAGUGGGACCCGGCCCUGGAAGCUGGAAGCACCUCCAGGACCUGACAUAUUCUGAGAUCCCACAAGCUCUCCAUCCACGGGAUGCUGCCUGCAUAGGUUCCAUGCUGAGCUUUGAAUACCUGAUACAGCUGUGCCAAAGCAAGGAAUGGGGUCCUGUGCCCCCAGAGCCGAGGGUCUCUGACGGAUUGGAUCAGGGAGGAGACACCUGUGUCCAUGAGAUCCCUUUCCAUUUUGACCUAAUGGGAUUGCUGCCACAGUGCCAGCAGCUCCAGAUGUUCUUCCUCUUGCUUGCCAGAGAGCCAGAGGGUGUCCCUUUCGCCGAGGGGUCCUGUCCCGCCAACGACAUGGUGCUGUGCCUGCUGCACAGCUGCCUGGGGCAGGAGCUGAGUGACCGGGAGAUCCCACUGACACCCGUUGACCAGGCUGCCUUCUUGAGUGAGGUGCUGCGGCGGACCUGCCACGUUCCAGGUGCCGAGGGGCCACUACUAGGGGUUCAUGGGAUCCUGAAGGAGCAAGCAUUCGUCAGCACCCAGGCCACAGGAGACUCCACCGUUACUUCCCUGAGAAUAGGUCUUCCUGAAACUCUCAAGCCUCUCAUAUCUGCCCAGCCCCCUCAGUGGCGCUGCUAUGCAAGGCUUGUGAACCCCCAGCAUGUGUUUCUGACUUUUCUCCCAGCUACCUUCUCAGAUGUCCAGCGUCUGGCUGCCUGUGGCCUGGAGGGACCCCCUCAAGAGGAGACAAAGCCUAAGUUUGGGGAUUGGAGUGGGGCUCCCAGUCUGAAAGAUCUAGAAGGAACUGGGGUCAAAGCUACAAAGUCCCAAGUCCCUGUCCUCAGUGUAACCCUGGCUGAUGACAAUGUCCAAAAUCAAGGAGAGCUAAGCCCACCCUUCUGUCGAGACUUACAGGCUUAUGCUGGGCGUCAGGCUUCCCAGACUGAGAGUACAGAUGGGCCCCGGACCCGGUGUCCUGUCUACAUCUACAGCUGUUCACUGGAAGCGCUGAGGGAACAAAUGAUUGGCAUGCAGCCCCCUCAGGCACCCCGAGACCUCAUCUUCCGGACUCAGUUCCUUGACCACCCCUCCCCAUCCUCAGCCUGGAUGGAGCCCCGGUACAAGGAGGCAGCUAACCAUUGUGCCCUACUGCAGGAGCAUGCACAGCGGUGCUAUGUCCGUGGGCUAUUCCGCAGCUUGCAGCAAGCACAGAGUGUGACCUCCCAGGAUUUGCUGACAGCGGUAGAUGCCUGUGAGGAGCUACUACAAGAAGUAGACAUCACUCCAUUUCUGCUUGCACUGUGUGGCCACACUUGGGGUUUGCCUCAUGCACCCCCAAGCCCUGGGCCUCUCAGCCCUGGGCCCUUCAGCAGCAGCAUGGAGGAGGGUGCUGAGCCUCGGGAACGAGCUAUCUUAGCUUCUGAAUCCAGCAUAGAGACCGAGGACCUAAGCGAGCCUGAGUGUCAGAGCACCCGUGUCCCUGGCAAUCCAGACCCUGGGCCAGAGAUCUCUCUGACAGAUGUCUGCCAGCUCAGAGGAGAGGCCCAUGGUGCCCUUCAUAGCGUCAUCCAGGAGAAGUUCCUAGAGAUAAGUCGUCUCCACUUCCGCACAGUGCCUUCCAAUCCCCACUACUUCUUCUAUUGCCCUCCAUCCAGCAGGCGAGAAGAUGAGGGGCCUCGGGACACAGUAGACAGAAAAAUCAGUGACCUGGAGUUUUCAGAGGCUGAGCUUAUGGGAGAAGAAGGUGUGUGGGCAAGAGACACAUCUGCCUGCUGUGUGGUCACUGAGAGUGACCCAGAGCUAGAGGUAGAAUACCGGGAGAGCCGUGAAUCAGACCUGGGACCUGCUGGGCUAGACUCUGCUUCACUGUCAGAUGUAGACACUGUGAAUCCUGAUGAAGACUCCUUCAGUAUCUUGGGGGACGACUCACCCACUGGGCCUGAGAGCCUCCUGCAUGACCUGCCCCCACUCUUCCUGCACCUCACGUGCUCCGUGCGGCUGCGUGGGCAGCACAGCUCAGUACCUGUGUGCAGCCUGCCUACCUGCCUGGGCCAGGUGCUUUCCAGUCUGGAGGGCCCCCUAAUUGGAGGCCGAGUUCCCUUGAGGGACCUCAGUGUGACUCUGGAUGUCUUCGUGCUGACCUUGCCCCUGGAAGUGGAGCUCCCCACAGCCUCAGACCCUCAGCACCACCGGUCAACAUCUGAAAGCAGUGCUUCAUUCCCACGAUCCCCAGGGCAGCCAUCAUCUUUAAGGUCAGAUGAUGGCCUUGGGCCCCCACUGCCACCCCCAGAAGAAGAGAGGCACCCAGGUCUAUCCAGUUUGGCCACGCCCCACAGACUGGCUAUUGAGACCACCAUGAAUGAGAUCCGCUGGUUGUUGGAAGAUGAGAUGGUGGGGGCACUCCGAAGAGGGGGCAUCCCCCAGAGCCCUGCCCUGCACCGCGCAGCUGCCCAUAUCCAUAGCUCUCCUGGACGCUCCACUUGCCUUCGCCAAACUCUGCCACUGAGUUUUGUAUUUGGGCCAGAGCGUUCCCUCACACAAUUCAAGGAGGAGUUCCGGCGCCUCCAUCUCCCUGGCCAUGUUCUUCUUGAAGACCCUGACAGUGGCUUCUUCUUUGUGGCAGCUGGCCAACAGCCAGGUGGGUCCCAUGGGGAGCCUUCUUCAGCAGCCUGGGCUUGGCACAGUCACGAGGACAGGGCUGAAGGCAUCGAAGGGGAGACCCUGACAGCCAGCCCCCAAGCACCUGGGUCCCCAGAGGAUUCUGAGGGUGUCCCCCUCAUCAGCCUGCCCAGCAUGCCACAGGGAGGGAGUCAGCCUGGGCCCAGCCGGGGGCUAAGUCUCAUGUCCAGUCAGGGCAGUGUGGACUCAGACCACUUAGGUUAUGAUGGUGGCAGCAGUGGCUCAGACAGUGAGGGUCCCAGUGACACCCUUGGUGAGAAGGCCCCCUUCACAUUGCGGACUCCACCUGGGCCAGCACCUCCACAGCCUUCACUCUCAGGCCUCCCUGGGCCCUCCCUGCCUGACUUCUGGCUCAUUGUCCGGGUCCUGCAGGACCGUGUGGAAGUGUAUGCACAUGCACGUGAUAGUGGUCAUUCUCUCUGGCAUUCGAUCACCCCUGACCACCACCACCCACUUAGGAGGAGAUAUUUCCAUUCCCUGACCUCGUGCUCCUCCUCCCAGCGACUGCUUCUUCAAGACCUUCAUGACAGCCACGUGUGUAACUCUCUUCUGGUGGCCGAGAGUGAAGAAGAUCUGUGGCGCAGCGAGACUCCCUUCCACUCCCGUCAGCGGGCACCACUGCCCAGUGAUGAUUAUGCUGCUGAUGAGAGCUGUGCGCCCCGAGGGUACCUGGCAGCCACAAUGCAGUUUGUCCCUGGCCAUUUCUCCUGUGACGUUGUGUGGGGAACUGUGAUCCGAGUCCAUUCACGCCUCAAAAUGGGACCCAGCAUGGGGGUCUCUCGGGCCAUCCAGGCCCUGCGCUCUGUGCUCAAUGCCUUCUCUGUGGUGAACCGGAAAAACAUGUUUGUUUAUCAGGAACGAGCAACAAAGGCUGUGUACUAUCUUCGGCUCCUGGAGACAUCCUGCAGUGACCGACCAUGGAAAGGGGAUGCGCUGCCCCCUUCCCUCGCUCUGUCCCGAAGCCAAGAGCCCAUCUACUCUGAGGAAGCCUCGGGUCCUCGUUCUCCCUUAGACAUGGCCUCCAGCCGCAGUUCAGAUGCUGCUCGUCCUGUGGGCCAAGUGGACAGACAUAUCCAGCUGCUGGUCCAUGGUGUUGGGCAGGCAGGUCCUGAGAUCACGGAUGAGCUCGUGCGAGUUCUGUGUCGGCGCCUGGAUGAGGCCACACUGGACGUCAUCACAGUCAUGCUUGUUCGGAACUGCAAGCUAACACCAGCUGAUGUGGAGUUCAUCCAGCCCCCUGGAAGUCUCCCCUCAGAGGUGCUGCAUCUGGCCCUACCCACGUCCUGCAGGCCCUGGCUUCCAGCCUUGGCGUGGUACCUGCGGCAGAACUUGCUCAUCUUCCUGCACUCUCCCAAGUACACAGAUAGCAACAGCCGGAACCACUUCCAACAUCCACUCCCACCACAGGGUGGCCUCCCUGACUUGGACAUCUACUUGUAUAACAAGCCUGGUGGACAGGGCACUGGGGGCAAAGGGGUUGCCUGCAUCACUCUAGCCUUUGUGGAUGAAGGAGGGGCCCCCUUGUCAGUGGCACUGUGGCCCCCCUCCUCUCCGGGACCCCCAGACCCACUGCGAGAGGAGGAAUUUGAGCAGCUGACCCAGGUCAUCCGCUGCCCGGUUGUUGACGGUUCUUCAGCUCAGAAUGGGGCCCCACGGCUUCGACUGGAUGUGUGGGAAAAGGGGAACAUUAGUAUUGUGCAGCUGGAGGAGAAGUUCCGAGGAGCAGCUCGCCAGGCCCUGGCCGAUGCCAUCAUCGAGCUUCAGCUGCUGCCAGCUUCACUAUGUACAGAGGACACACCCCCAGGAAGUCUCAGGAACGGAUCGUUGGAAACUAAGAGCUCUGCAGGCCGAGCUAGCACCUUUCCCCCUGCCCCUGUCCCUGGGGAGCCUGUGACUCCACCCAGCAAAGCUGGCCGGCGUAGCUUCUGGGAUAUGCUGAGUAAAACAGAAUGUGGGGAUUUGGGUUCCCCCAAAACAACUGAUGACAUUGUCCUGGAUCGGCCAGAAGACACUCGGGGCCGGAGGCGUCACAAAACCGAGAGUGUUCGGACUCCCGGUGGAGCUGAGCGGGCACCAGGCUCAGAUUCUGGAGCCCAGAGACAAAGACGCCGGACCACACAGCUAGAAGAGGGUGAGGUGGGGACCCUUCAUCCUGUGUUUGCCCGUGCUGCUCGGCGCUGGAUGGAGUUUAUGGUUCAGAUUGGUUGUGCCUCAGUGUCCAGAAGCUCCACCCACAUGGUGUCCCGGUUCCUCCUUCCAUCCAUCCUGUCUGAGUUCACCGCACUAGUCACCUCAAUGGCUGGAGACACCAGUGUCCGCAUCUUUGAGCAGCGUUUGGGUUCAGAGCCAGAGAUCUUCAGCCCUUGUUCCCCUGGGCAACUGGGCCCCUCUCCCCGCCCUGCAGCUGAGCGGCGUCUGCUGCUUCUGGGAAGGAACUUCUUGCAGUGGAGGAGACCAACACAGCAGGCUGCCAAAGCCAUGCAGCGCUUCGAGCCAGGAGGUGAUGGGAGCUCAGGGCGAAAUGCUCCCCGGCAGAGGCUCUUGCUACUGGAGGUCGUGGACAAGAAGCUACAGCUGCUGACCUACAACUGGGCUCCAGACCUGGGGGCAGCAUUGGGCCGAGCACUGGUUCGCCUGGUGCAGUGGCAGAAUGCACGAGCCCAUCUCAUCUUCUGCCUACUCAGCCAGAAGCUUGGACUCUUCCAUCAUUAUGGCCAGUUGGACUUCCCUGUGCGAGACGAAAAGGAGCCAAACCCAUUCCUGCUGCCAACCAUGGAAGUGGAGACCCUCAUCCGGAGUGCAAGUCCCCCGCUGAGCCGUGAGCAGGGCCGGCUGAGUGGGUCCUCUCGUGGUGGGGGUCCCCUUCCCCUGGACACAUUCCCCUUUGACGAGGCCCUAAGGGAUAUCACGGCUGCCCGCCCCAGCUCCAUACUUGGUCCUGUGCCCAGACCUCCUGAUCCUGUCACCUACCAUGGACAACAGUUCCUAGAGAUCAAGAUGGCAGAGCGCAGAGAGCUGGAACGCCAGAUGAAGAUGGAAAACCUGUUUGUAACCUGGCAGCAGCGUUCUACUCCAGCCACCAUGCCCAUCAGUGCUGGAGAGCUGGAGACCCUGAAGCAGUCAUCUCGCCUGGUGCAUUACUGUGCAACAGCCAUGCUCUUCGACCCAGCUGCCUGGCUGCAUGGGCCCCCAGAGACCUCUGGACUCCCUGAGGGGCAGCGGCGCCAUCGCCCUGAGUCAGGGUCUGGGAGCCGAGAGGCCCCCACAAGCUGUGAAUCCUUGGAUGUGUCGCCCCCGGGAGCCCGUGAGGAGCCUUGGCUGAAGGAGCUGAGCUUGGCUUUCCUGCAGCAAUAUGUGCAGUAUCUGCAGAGCAUAGGUUUUGUGCUGGUACCACUGCGGCCCCCCUCACCUGCCCGCAGCACCAGCCGGCCACGGGCCAUGGCUAUCCUUGGAACAGAGGGUCGAGGCUCCUUCUCCUGCCCUAAAACCAAGACUGAUGGGAGCCCCAAGAGUACUAGCUCUCCAGUAACCACCUACCACCUGCAGCGGGCACUGCCUGGGGGCAUCAUCCUCAUGGAACUGGCAUUCCAGGGCUGUUACUUCUGUGUCAAACAGUUUGCCCUGGAAUGUUCCCGAAUCCCAAUGGGGCAGGCUGUCAACUCACAGCUGUCCAUGCUGUUCACAGAGGAGUGUGACAAGGUGCGAGACCUGAUGCACGUGCACUCAUUCAGCUAUGACUUCCAUCUGCGCCUCGUGCACCAGCACGUACUAGGUGCCCACCUGGUGCUGCGGCACGGCUACCACCUCACCACCUUCCUGCGACACUUCCUGGCCCACCACCCCGACGGACCCCACUUCGGCCGCAAUCACAUUUACCAAGGGACAUUGGAGCUCCCCACACCACUCAUCGCUGCCCACCAGCUGUACAACUACGUGGCUGACCAUGCCAGCUCUUAUCACAUGAAGCCACUGCGAAUGGCCCGGCCAGGGGGCCCAGAACACAAUGAGUAUGCCCUGGUGUCGGCAUGGCACAGCUCUGGCUCCUACCUGGAUUCUGAGGGACUUCGCCACCAGGAUGACUUUGAUGUGUCUCUGCUUGUCUGUCACUGUGCUGCACCCUUUGAGGAGCAAGGAGAGGCUGAGCGGCACGUUCUGCGGCUACAGUUCUUCGUGGUGCUCACCAGCCAGCGAGAGCUCUUCCCCAGGCUCACUGCUGACAUGCGCCGCUUCCGGAAGCCACCCAGACUGCCCCCUGAGCCAGAGUCUCCUGUGAGUUCAGCUGGCAGCCCUGGGGAGGCCUCAGGGCUUGUUCUAGCGCCAGGACCGGCUCCUCUGUUCCCACCACUGGCUGCAGAGGUGGGCAUGGCACGGGCACGACUGGCUCAGCUGGUACGGCUGGCUGGAGGGCACUGCCGUCGGGACACCCUUUGGAAGCGCCUCUUCUUGCUGGAGCCACCAGGGCCUGAUAGACUGCGGCUAGGGGGGCGCCUGGCCCUGGCAGAGCUGGAGGAGCUCCUAGAAGCAGUCCAUACCAAAUCCAUUGGGGACAUCGACCCCCAGCUGGACUGCUUCCUAUCCAUGACAGUCUCCUGGUACCAGAGCCUGAUCAAAGUUCUCCUAAGCCGCUUCCCCCAGAGUUGUCGCCAUUUCCAAAGCCCAGACUUGGGAACUCAGUACCUGGUUGUGCUGAAUCAGAAGUUCACUGACUGCUUUGUGCUGGUGUUUCUGGACUCCCACUUAGGAAAGACGUCUCUGACAGUGGUUUUCCGAGAGCCCUUCCCAGUACAGCCGCAGGACAGCGAGAGCCCCCCUGCCCAACUAGUCUCCACCUACCACCACCUGGAGUCUGUCAUCAACACAGCCUGUUUCACCCUCUGGACCCGCCUCCUCUGAGAGAGUGGACUGGACCACUGCAUGUCACUGUUCCUCGAAUCGUGGGUCUACAAGAUUGCCCGCCAGAGGCAGGACUGACCAGCCCUUCUGGGCCCCAGGGCAAAUCAGACACUGAGUGACACCAAAGGCUUUGUAACUAUGUCUUGGGGGUCUGCUGCCCCAGCCUGGCGGCAGGAACUGCCCUCCUCAAACACCCACAGCCAGUGACCCAUCCAGGACUUCAGAGGAUCAGGUCAACCCAAGGACCCCCUUGGGCCCUUCUGGGGUACUCCUUUCUGCCCACCUGAUAGAGUCUCGGGAGUUCACACGGGGUGGCAAAAACUUACCCCCUAGAGCUCCUCUACCUGAUCCUGCCCCCCAGCCUUUGACCAUGGUCAGCCACCUGUGUCCCUUGAGCCCUCGGGUCUUCACCUCCCACUUGGACAUCACUGCUGGACAUUCCCAUUGAGAUGACAACUGGGUUCCAAUCCCAGCUUUGCCUUUGAAGCACCUGUGGCCACUGUCAAGUCCCUUUGCUCUCAGACCCUGGGUUUCUCAUCCUUUAAUGAGAAGGUGGGCUCAGAAGCUCUCCCACCUCCACAGCAACCCUGGCACUGGCUUCUCAAUGGGAGGGAAGCAACAGAGAAACUGAAGUGUUAGACACUAUGUGUCCCCCCACCCCAUAACAGAGACAUAAGACAAUG